AAUUUCUAUCCCAAAUUAAUUUAUACUUGGAAUUUAUAAAUAAAAUAAAACCAAACGUAACCAUUUGAAAAACCCCAAACGAUAAAAUGUCACUGUCAGGAUCCCAAUUUUUCUUGUCAAAUUUCGUAAAAGUAAGGUUAUUGAGUCAUUACCGGUGUUUUGCAAACAUGUCUGUGAUUCCCCAAGUAGCCGACGCCGACAUUGACCCAAACGGUGUCUUUAAAUACAUCCUUAUCAAGCUCACUUGUCCCAACUCUGAUGGUAAAAUUGAGGAGAAAAACAUCGUACGAGGCUAUGCUUCAUGCCCUUAUCACUCCGAUAUCAACGAUAAAGUUACGGAAGAAUUACAAAAUUUAAAAUCAGCAAAAACUAUCAGAGAUUGGCGUACAAAAGUUUUAGGCGGUGGAAGAAUUAAUCAUGAUUCUGAGGCAAAAAACAUCAAAGUUUAUGGAUAUUCUCAAGGUUACGGCAAAGCAGACCAUGAAAUAACUGUGGAGAUUUUGAAAAAGAAGUAUUGCGAUUACAACAUCACCUGGUCCGAUGAGGGGUAUUAGGAGGGUAUUUAUUUAACGUAAC